AUGUCAUCGUCAGCUACAACAGCUGGUUACAGUAAACCUAAGGCGGUUUGCAUAUUUCUUGUGAAGUUCGACAGAAGAGAGGGAUAUAAACUUGAUUGGUUCAAGCUGACUACCGAAUUCCCACUCGAGGGGAUGGAAUAUAAGGUAAUCCCCUCGGGGAUUCACCAGUACCAAGAAAACACGAUCUACCUAAGCCAGGAGCACGAAGGAACGACGUUCUAUGGCCUUUCGCGUUUUAGACAAUUGAAUUUGAAUGAAGGUUCAGAAAAUGACAGAAGCAAGAUCAAGAUGUACUCAUUAGGCGUGUUCAUGGAGCCACUCAAAAACCAAUGGAAACCCAACUCAUUUGGUAAUGUCGGAUGGGAGCACUUUGAUGUAAUCGAUGAAACACUACUUCUUUAUCUCAGGGAUGAGAAGCAAGAUUUAUUGGAGGAGUUGUUUCUUAAACUCACUGGUAACGGACAUUUGGAUGUGAGAAAAUCUUCAACAAAUCCUAUUGAGCAUCACCCGUUGUUCAAGCUGGGAAACGCUUUAUCAGCAGUUGGGCCCCUAAUCUUCCCUAUCUUCAAAGCUGCAUUGUUACGCAAACGCAUUCUCGUGAUUAGUCUGUCAACUCAGAGCGGAGAACUUCUACAUGAGGGAAACAACAGAGACUACUCGGUGGUGGGUGCUUUGGUCUACUUGAUUACGCUUAUAUCAGUUAUUCCCCAAGAAGUUGCUGGUAACUUUGGCGAUGCAGCUUUCUCAUAUCCAUUGUAUACCAUAUGUCUUCACGAUACGGACUCUGCUGCACUCAAGAAAGAUAAUUAUGUCGCUUCCACUAGUGACGAGAUAAUGAAACAGCAGAAGGAUCUUUACGACGUUGCAGUCUUGAUGCCUCAGGCAGACUUCGAUCUGUGUCUGUUGUAUUCUGAUAAUCAUUCUGGCCAUGCCGAGAAAGCCACUUUCAACGACUACACCAAGUUCCUCAAGCUAUAUAAGCGCCUACCUCACGUUAACAGCUCUACUAAUAAUGAUGACCUGUCGUCGGUCAGGACUGCAAACUCUAUAUUAUCGGUGUUGAGAUUUGGCAGUGCAGAGGAUAAUUUGGCACCUUUUGAGCCUCUUUGGUGGAAAUGCGAUGCUACCACUCCAAUGUCAUGGAGAGAGUAUAUAUGGCUGGCGUUCGCCUGGUUUGCUAGUGCUGGCACGACAAACCGAAGCGCUACAGAACAAUAUUUGGAUGGGCUAGAAGAAGAGACACUGGAAGAUCACAAGACUGUGAAACAACAAUUCACAGAGUUGACCCAAUUAGUGGGCCAGUUUCAUCGCCUUACGAAAAAAUGGUUACUCCUUCUAGAUGAGAUAAUCACAGAGACAUUGGAAGAACAAACUUCCGGGGAGCGCAGCAGUCUACUUUUGGAGACACCGCUCCAGAACAAAAUUACUGUGGAACUCUCGCACCAAGACAUUGUUGACAUGGAGUUAGACCCAUAUUCGGAACAGGACGUCGAGUUCGUGAAAGAGUUCAUUUUAUUUUACUGGGGCAAUGCAGUAGAAGAAGUGGAGAUUGGUAUUGGGUUCCAUGGACUCUGUUGCUAA